GCUUGCGCCUCACAAUAAGCAGCCCCCACAGUUGCUGCACGGACGUCUCCUCCACCGAGCGCAGCCAUCUAAAACGACAAUGGUCUUCUUUUCAAGAAUUCAUAUCUGGCUUACACUACUGGUUGCCAUACCUAGUACAAAAUCAAAUGAUGAAGAAACUGCUUCAUUACAAGAUUGGGAUCCAGAGCUGCAAGGACUCAUCACGCCAUUAUUAAAAAGUUUAGUUGCUGUAACUGGAACCCACCGUGGCCAAAGGGUUAUGCGUGUACCACCAACAAGGGAUGUAUCAGAAACAGAUCUCUAUUUACUUGGGGCUAUAGAAAAGCUGGCAUACCGCUUGGAUUUCAUGGAUAAGAGGAUACGCAGAGUAGAGGAACUUAUUUACUAUGUUAUGGACAGUGCAGGACAACAUGCAAAUCAAGGUAAAGAUCCUUGCCCCAGAAAUUUCACACGCAUUAAAAACAACUGUUAUCACUUCAGCAAUAAUCAACUUAAUUGGAAGGCUGCAAAUUCAGCUUGCAAAGGAUUGGAUUCCAAUUUAGCAGAAUUUGAGACUAUUGAGGAGAAUCAAGAUAUUGUCACUUCUAUACUGGCACACAAAGAAUACAAAGGAAAGGAUUACUGGACAGGUGGUCUCAAUCCCGGAUUGCUGUGGAUAUGGGCUAAUUCAGCACGUCCUCUGUCUCCCAAUUCAUCAUCGAGCAAUACAACUGCAUCCUAUAUACAAGGAACUGGUCGCUGCCUUAAGCUGGCAUACACUCCUCCUUUGAGAUCAUACAAUUAUCGGGGAAUGGACUGUGGUGUAAAAUCACACUUCAUAUGUGAGCAUGAAGAAAAUUCUACUAGUAGAGCUUUAGAAAGAAUAGCAAAAUCAUUGAAACAUCAUGGAAAUUCAGACAUAAGGCACAACAGCUGAUGGACUCAUUGUAGUAAUGAAAAGUUGGUGUAAUUUUUUUAUUUAUUUUUUUCACUCAGUAGUCCAACACUGCUGCAAUUUGAGCUUACAACAGAUUGGGUUACUAAUAUUAAAUAUGUGAAUAGGAAAUACUGAACUACAUUAUUCAUAAAUAUUUACACAUUAAACAUAUUUUCUCAAGAUCCUUCAGCAUGGAUUUUAUGGCAUCCUGUAUAUUGGUUUCACUUGAUCCAUAUCCACUGGAAAUAAAUUCUUUCUGCAAAUCUGAAAAUUUUAAAUUCCAGUAUCAUAUAUGUUUUCUUUGUUUAAUGAGUGUAGUGAAAUGAUGUUUUAAGAUUAUUGUUCUGUCUCAUUAUAUUACAUGCAUAUUAUUUUAAAAAUGAGAAAUCAAGUAUAAAGAGUCAUAAUAUAGAUCACAUCACAAUAUAAUUAUAUUUUGCAGCUAAAACUUAUUCUGUAACCAAUAAAAUCUGUUUUUCAACUCAAUAAACUUUACCAACAGCCAUAUACUUCAGGUUAUUUUAUUUUAUUUCGAAUGCAACCAGUUUUGGCAAUUCAUUUUGCCAUCUUCAGGCCCCAUACACUUUUUUUAAUCAACACUACACUAUACGAUAAGCUCAUUGAUUCGAAAAAAGCGUCUGGGGCCUGAAAAUGGCAAAAUGAAUUGCUGAAACUGAUUGUGUUCGAAAUAAAGUAACCUAAAGUAUACGGCUGUUGGUAAAGUUUAUUGAAUUGAAAAGUAUGUACCAGCUGAUGUCCCCUGGUCAUAAUGGACCGACAGAGACAGAGAGAAUAAAAUAUGUUGUUGGAAGUAAAUUAAACUAGGUGCAUGCAGCGGUAAGCACUGUAAGAAUUUAAUGAUAAAAGGUGAUGAAUACUGACUGAAAGAGAUUUAAUGUUAGAGAAGCAAAUAGCAAAUACAUCACUGAAAGUUGAAGAGAAAUCUGAAGGCUGCAAACAUUUUGUUUUUCUUCAUGUUUUAUGAUUAAAUAUAGUACCAGCUGUAUGAAAUAUAUUUGUUACAUGUCACAUUUGUCAGUUCAGCAGACAGUUUAUAUCCACCACAUAGUUGGCAGAAAGUGAUAAUGAGCUCAUUAAAUUUGACUAUAAGAUUUAUAUUAGUCCAACUUGAUAAACAGCAGACUGUAAAGUGGCAAUGAAAACUGAACACAUACUGUUUCUAUGUACAUUUGUGAAAUAAAAAUAAACACAAAAAGUAAUUAACAGUAAAAAUUUGUUUCAAAGCCAGACUUCAGAUAAAACUGAGAGAGAGCAAUCUAUUAUAAAGAAGGUUCUAAAAUUGUGGAGAGUACAAAAACAUAUGCUUGGCCUUUCUUUCUUGAUACUAACCUACAGUCUCUGGAUGGAUCUAGUUGACCAGUAUUUGUUAUUAUUUAGUUUCCUUGUUGCAUUUAUCCUCUCUCCCAACUCUGAUUUCUUUGUGGAACCUCCUUCUCCCAUGUCCUUGAUACCUUUGAAACGGUUUCCUUUAUCCACUGCUUGUUGCUUCUGAAUGAAAUUUUGUUUAUGGAAGAGCAAGACCUCUUGCAUUUCCAUUUAUACAAAGCUGACAGUUCUGAAUUAGUAGGACUUUGUGUGCCAAAUGAAGUUACUCCACAUCUAAAGAGGCUAGGUUGUAAACUUUGUUCAGGGCGACGUGAAAUUUUAACUGUGUAAAAAUAUCAACAAUGUAGGAAAAGAUAACAUUGCUACUUACUGUGAUGAUGACAGGUUAAGUUGCAGACAGGCACAAUUAAUAGACACUUCAUUAAAGAUUUUGGCCAUAGUUUUCAUCAGGAAAAGAGAAACACACACCAUUCUACACAUAAGCAAGUACACCUCACGCACACAUGACUACCAACUGUGACAGCUCUGCCACAAAUGUAUCUAUCAAUGAGCACGUUUCUCUUUUGCUGGCAAAGGAUGUAGCCGAAAGUUUUAUGUAAGUAUCUUUCAAUUGUACCUGUCUGCAACUUAACAUGUCUUCUUUAUAGUAAGUAGAAAUCUAUUUUUUCCUACAUUGUUGAUAUUCCUACCUGGAGUUUCAGUUUGAUUUUAACUGUGUAAAAAGUUAUUUCUGAUAUCAAAAUUAUAACAUCAACCUCUAUCAACUAUCGCAUGAAAUACUACUGUUAAGUCCUGUGAGGUUUUCAAACAAUAGCUCACAUUCUGAAAUGAAUUUUCACUCUGAAGUGGAGUGUGCGCUGGUCUGAAACUACGUGGCAAAUGGAAAUUGUAUGCUGGACCAAGACCUGAAUGGAGGAUCUUUCUCUUUUGUUGGCAAGUGCUCUACUGACUGAGCUAUCGAAACAUGACUCACAAGCCACCUUCUUCCACUGGAAGAGCUGCUUUGAUAGUUCACUCAGUACAGCACGUGUCUGUGAAAGGUGAAGGUUCCUGAUAUGAGUCCCAGACCAACACAUAAUUAAAGUUUAAAAACAGCUCAUAUUUUUAACUAACAAUACCUUGGCCUGCCCAAUCAUUCAACGAACAAUUUAUAUAAAUUUUAAAAUCAAACAUAUAAAUACUGGAAACUGUAAAAUACAGUGGUCCAAAUGAAGAUGUGUAGAGAAGGGAACCAGAAGAGGCAAGUGUAGGUUUUCCCACUAAAACUUACAUUCUUCUUAGACAUUCUGCUACACAGACUUAUCAGUUCUACACAGACAUUUGGUAAUCAAGACAUGAUGUCAUCUUGAGGCGAGAGUGAAUGAGAGUCGACCUAUUCCACCAGGGCAUCAUUUUGUACCCUUACUGGUACUACAAUUCAAGACAAUUACUGCUAUUAACACUGUCUAAAA